AUGAUGAAAGGUUUAAAGGGAGUCCUUACACGGAGAACAUCACACAAGGAUACCAAAUCUUCUUCAUCAUCAUCAGCAUCAGCAACCACAAAACAACAUGCAACCAGCAAAUCUCGUUCUUCAACUGGUUCAUCGACGACUCGAUCACCAUCUGCCAACAACAAUAAAAUACCAUCUACUGAUACUAAUACUAAUACACCUCAUAUUCAAGCCAUUACACCACCACCACCACCACCACCACCAGCAACCACUUUAUCAUCACCCUCAUCGUCACCAUCACUCGUACAGAAUAGCACUAAUCAGCAGCAUAAUAUUCUAGUCAGUCCUACCACACCGGGUCGUUCAGCAGAAGUUACCAAGCAGAUUUUAAAAGACACUCCUAAAGAUACCAUACCUGCUGUACGUACUCCUCGUCGUCAACGUUCUUCUAGAAUAUACGCCACCAGAGAGAAAGCAGAUCUUGAAAAAAGUCCUUACUUUAAUGAUGUCCCUCCUUCAAAACGUCAAGAAUUAUUUAUAUUAAAGCUUCAACAAUGCCAAGUACUAUUCGACUUUAAUGAUCCAUCGUCCGAGCUUAGAAACAAAGAGAUCAAAAGGCAAGAAUUACAAGAAAUGUUGGAAUAUGUCGCUACAUCAAGAGGAGCCAUCUCGGAUCUCAUUUAUCCUGAUGUCAUUCGCAUGUUUACAGUCAACACAUUCAGAACCAUCUCACCUCAAACAUCCACAGUGAAUGAAGGCUAUGAUCCAGAAGAAGAUGAACCUGCUUUAGAGACGGCUUGGCCUCAUCUUCAAUUGGUAUACGAGUUCUUUUUGAGGUUUGUGGAAUCGCAAGAUUUCAAUCCUCAAAUUGCAAGAAAGUACAUUGAUCAAAAGUUUAUUCUACAGUUGCUGGAAUUAUUCGAUAGUGAAGAUCCUAGAGAAAGAGACUUUCUAAAAACAACAUUACACAGAAUCUACGGCAAAUUUCUCAAUUUACGAGCAUUUAUUAGAAGAUCUAUCAACAAUAUAUUCUUUCAAUUCAUAUAUGAAACGGAGCACUUUAAUGGUGUGGCAGAACUAUUAGAGAUUCUCGGCAGCAUCAUCAAUGGGUUUGCACUGCCCUUGAAAAAGGAACACAAAACUUUUCUGCACAAAGUCCUUAUACCACUUCACAAACCCGCUCAUUUGGCCACCUACAGCCCUCAGCUCACUUAUUGCGUGGUCCAAUUCUUAGAAAAAGAUCCUGAUCUUGUGCCUGGCGUCAUUCAGGGAUUAAUGCGAUACUGGCCCAAAGUCAACAGCGCCAAAGAAGUGAUAUUCUUGACCGAAUUUGAAGAGAUCUUGGACGUCACCGAGAACGGAUUCGAUCAAGACAUGAUGGUGCCUUUCUUUCAACGGUUAGCAGCAUGUGUAGCAAGCCCUCAUUUUCAGGUGGCAGAGCGGGCUCUGUACUUUUAUACUUAUGAGGAUGUGAUUCGCAUCAUGGACGACCAUAUCGAUAUCAUCAUGCCAAUCAUCUUUCCUUCCAUUUACAAGCAUUCAAACGAACAUUGGAAUAGAACAAUACAUCAAUUGGUGUAUAACACGUUGCAAUUGUUGAUGAAGAUGGAUCAGGAUCUGUUUGAGAAAUUGGUAGAUCAAUACAAACGGGAUGCGUUAGAAAAUGCUGAAUCAAGACUAAAAGAGGAGAGAAGAUUGGCUUGGAAAAAGGUUGAAGCAAGGGCUGCUGAACUACAGCAAAAAUCCUCAGCUUCACUGUCAUCGUCAUCUACAUCUGAGGAAACGGAAUCCAUUGACUCUGCUCUAUUGUUGCAAAGCAGCCAUGCCACUGUCACCAAUAUGACAACAGCCGAGCAGCAAGACAAACAACCGGCUGUCGUGGUGAUGGAUGGUCAGGACAAGCCUAUCGAGGCAGCUACUACUGCUCUUACAACAGAGAAAGUCAUCACAACAGAAGAUUCAGAUAAUGAAUCUUGGCAUAGCGUUUAA